CAUCCUCCUCACCUGUUCAGUCAGCCCUCAACAGCGGUUCGUGCUAACAGUGCGCUCCGAAACUUCGCAAUGAAUCACUUGCAGUGCCGAUCUUAACAUGACAUCACUGUGACUGCGAAUUUAACCAGAGACUGGAUUAACAUUAGUGUUUGUGAUUAAUUCUUGUUGUGCUUACCGAUUGAUUGUACUUCGUGACGUGAUACCCUUCCAGAGUCUAGCGAGAAAGCGUUGAACGAAAACAAAACACCAACAACGGACGAGUCUUUCGCCUUUCUGGAUGUACUUCCAACUUGAGGAUACAUGGUGGUGACAUGGUGUGAGGUGGAAUGCCGGAUGUGAGCCGCUCUGACUCUCAGCGCUCGGACUCAUCACGGCCUCGGGUCUCAUUUAAUCGAGACGUUCAUGUCAAGCGAAUAAGUAAUCCUGGUGCUCCGAGGGUUAUUGGAGCCCUUACUGGAGAUGGGGAGGGUCAUUUGGUGCCCUUGGCAGUGCGCCGUGAACGUCCUACUCGUCUUUCAAGACGAGAGCUAGCAAAGGAAGCCAAACGUGUUCUGGCACAAGCUGACAGUGUUGUAUGCUCUAGCCAAUCACUUUUAGAUGAAACACAGAAGGAAAGUAAAAACACAGUGAAUUCAAAUAGGAAAUUUAGCACACUUCCUCCUCUUAGAAGAAAAGGCAAGAAAUCUUAUCAUACCAAAAGUAAUCACAGCUUGGGAGAAGAAUCGCCUACAUCAUCUCUAGACAGAAACAGUAUAAAACACAAGAAAAGUAACAAAAGAUCACACAACACUGAUGCCCAAAGUUUAGAUAAAGAAUCACCACUAUCAUCAUUAGAUAGAAAAUCAACAAAGAGAAGUGGGGGAAGGAAUAUUGUAGCAUCUGUCUUCUCAUCACUUGAUCGCUCUGUGCCCAAGAAAAAUAAACAUGCAUUAGCAGACCAACAAACAAGUCAUUUUAAGAACAGUAGAAAUAAUUCUUCGAGUCUGAAUGAUCUGGACCAUUCCUCAAUAUCCCCUGAAAGAACCAAGAAGCAGAAGAUAGGGUUGAAAAGAAGUGUAAGUGAUGCUAGCACUAGAAAAUCUGCAAAGAAUAGUUUUAAGGACAAACAGUCAGGUGUGUUUUUGUCACUAGAUCGUCUCACAAGGCGAAAUAAGAACAAAAAUAAAAGCCUUGUGAUACACAGUGAUUAUUCUGACAGAUCUCCAGCUCGACCUAGGAAGAUAAUUUUGAAGAAAAGUCACAGUGAUUCAGAAUCAACAUCACAGACUGCUGUGCAGGAGCAGAAUCACCACCUGCAUGGUGAGGGGCAGAAGAAAAAACAGCUCUCUCCAAUCAUUGAGAUUCUCCCACGUGAAGAUUACUUCCAUGAAAAGAACAGCACUCAGCCCCUUCAAGAUCCCGAUAAAACCUAUACCAGUGACAGCGAAGGUACAAUGCUCCACAGCAGCCAAUUGCCUACACAGAAGCCUACUCUGACAAGAGGUCAGACAGUAGAUGCUAUGGUGAAACGUCUCAGUCAAGAUUUCAACAGAACCCGUGGCCCUCCACGUGUUGUAAAUUCUGCUCCAGGUUUAAUCACACCUGAAUACCGCCAACACAACAAUAACCUGCCUUUCUCAUAUACAAAGCCUACAGCACACCAAUAUGGGUCCAGUACGCCCACAAUGGAGCCCACACGAAACAGCCCACUCAGUGGUGGACCAGCAGCUGAAGCAAGGGCACCCACUGGAGUCGAUGGACAAGUGAUCUACGCAGAGGUUGUAGUCAGUGGAGGAAGUAAUGGUGGAGCAGUCAGCAAACAGACAGUGCACACUAAGGUUCUCCCUUUAACACAGUCACAACCAGAAGAAGCCAUCCAUCCAAAAGUUCACGCACAACAGGUAGAGACAACCAAGGCCUAUCCUUCAGAGGCACACUCAAAGGAGUCAUUACAUCCUUUCCAUCAACAGCACAAGGUAACAGUGAAAGUCACAGAUCAAGGAUCAGACGAAGACGAGGGACUCGGUCUCAGCAUGGAGCACAAUGGUUACAGACAGAACUUAAAGGACUACAUCAAUGAGGGGGACAAUUAUGGUAGAAAAGGUGUGAUGGACAGUUAUGGUGGUGGGAACAGUUACAUAUCAAAGGGAAAUUUUGUGGAAAGAAGGACAAGAAAUGGUGAAGAAGAGAGAAGCUCCCUACAAAACUCUUCAAGACAAGAAAUUAUAACAAAUUACAGUGGCAAUAAUGCAAGGAAGGAAUAUACUGUACAUGAAUCUAGAUAUGAAAAUGAAAAUUACACCACUGACUCUUCUGCAAGAGGAAGAGCUGAUGGAAUGGAUUCCAGAAGGAGAGAUUUUAUAACUUCAGAGAGCUACAGUGGAGGGAUGUAUAAUGAUGGUUUUCACUGCCAUCGCAAUGGGGAAGGAAAGGAUGAUGUAAGACAAAAUCUCUUGGGUGAUUUUUCACAAAAGGAAAACUAUAAGUCAGAAUUCCAUUCUGAUGCUAGGAUAAUUCCUCCAGAUGAAAUUGACAGGCAUGGACAUUAUGGUAGGGACAGAAGAGAGCUCUUGCCUCAUAGUACAGACAGUAAUGAUCUCAGUUCCAGACGAGACAGGCUUGAAUCCAGAAUUGAAAGCCAAAGAAAGGAUCGUUUCACAAGCAACAAAUAUUCUGACAUAGGCGCUUACAAAGGAGGUCUUCUGGAUGCAAGAAAUGAAAUUAAUCAAAAAUUUGCAACAGAUAUUACUUACAGCAACCGCCGUGAUUUUCUUAACUCACAGCUCGACUAUGACAGAAAUCCAAUAAUGCAGGAAGAAAUAAGACAUGAAAGUGACAAAAAUUAUGGCUUAAAAUGCAAUCGAUAUUUUGAACCUUCUAUUACUGCAACAGAAGUUGACAGUCAUGGUAAGAAAGAUCUAUUUGCAGACUCUGGCAUUGAAGUUGACUAUCGUACCAAAGACUCUUCUACAAACAACAGAAAAUAUAAUAAACCACCAAUCCAUGAUACUGAAGUGUCAGUAAACAACUAUCACACACAAAAUGUAACCAGAGUUAAGCUUCGUAAUCACACCAGUGAUGACGACAUAGAAAUGGAUGAAAACAUUCCCCAUCACAACAGCCCUAACCAUUAUAGUGACAUAAAUGAACAUCAUAAAACAAAAACAAAUAAUACAUUUACUUCCACCAGACUUGUUCAAGAACAGAAGCAUAAUGAAGCCAUUCCAUCAUCUACUGUACUCAUUCGCCACUGGGUACCAUCAAAUAAGGAAGACUUCAGUAAUUCAAGGGACAAGCAUACACACGUUUUAAAAACAAAACCUGAAAUAACCCAGCAGCCUCUGCUGUCAGAUGAUGAAUAUGAAGAAUAUAAAAAGUCUAAAAGGGAUGAAUAUAGAAAAGAUCCUGCAGAAGAAUACAAGAAAAAUGAUGACAAAGCAAAGGGGAAUUAUGAAAACGAACAUAAAAAUGGAGACAAGAAAGUAACAAAAAAGAAACAGAGUUCAACAAUGGAUAAGAUGAGACAGUUGUUUACACGGAGCGAAAAGUCAACAAAAAAGAACAAGAGAAAAGUGGAAAAAGUGAAAGUAACUGAAGAAGAGCAAGAUGAGGAAGAUAUCCUGACUUCUCGAUAUACAGAGUACAGGGGGAGUGAUAUUGAUCUACAUCAAGAAAGUCCCAGAACUCCCCACAGAGAAAAAAACUAUCUUAGGUAUAGCAAUAUGGAGCUUGAACGACAAGAAACACCAAGAUCAGCACACAAAACCUGGAAACCUUCAGAACCCAGAAGUCCUAAGGACAGGGGAUAUAUGGAUCAAGACACAGCCUACCAGUCAUCUUACAGAGGAAGAAAUCACCACACCAUGGCAAGCAACACAGAUUUGGAUGAAGGUACUCCAAGACCAUCUUACCAAGAACGAAACAGGGGAGGACAACCUGCUGGUGUGGAGGAAGAGAAGGAACCAAAAGCAGAAGAAUUUCAUCGACCUGUCAGACAAAGACUUGCCACACCGAGCCCUAGCCCCAGUCCACCACGAGUUAACAGUAAACCCUCAUCAGCGACACUUACCCGCAUCAACAAUAUGAGGAACAGGGAACAGAAUUCCAAUGGCUCAGGGGGAGGCUGGUUCAAGUCCCUUGACAGGCUCACUAAAAGAGGAAAGAACAAAGCCAAGGAACAUGAUAAGAAUAUGGACAUUACAACAGAAGAUGAGAACAAGACUAUCAAGCAAAACAACAAUAACAACAGUAGUAAUAACAAGAACCUGAGAUUUUUUGGGGAUACAGAUCAGGAAUCUGUUGUAUCAAUACUCCACCAGCCAAAUCAUCAGACUCUACGCCGUUAUAAGUCAAACAACAACAGCACUAAUGGUACGAGCAUCAGCAGUAAUAACAGAUUACAGGUUCCACCACGGAAUUUGAGGGCAGGAGGUCUACGUCAUCACCGCAGUGCUGGAGAUGUAGCUACCAGCUCUGCUGAGAGCACCACUGAAGGAGACAGCAGUCAGCAAUCACAAAGAUCUGUUGUCUACUUGCAUGCAGCCACUGUGGGAGAUAUUCCUGGCCCACCCAGAUCUCAGCGUAGUGGAGUUGCACGCAGAGCCCAGAGCAGAGAAGAACUGUCCUCCACAGCAGGUUCAUCACAUCAAUUGCAACCACAAUCUCGCACUGUGUCACGUUCAAUUUCUGUCCUUGCUCCGUGGAAACCUCGACAUUAUAAGGAAGGUCUAGAAGUCCGGUAUGAUAAUGACAAUAGUGAUAAUAAAACUCUAGGGCGAAAUGAUAGUGGGAAGCCUCCAAAAGUGCCUGUAUCCCAGAACUCAAGUGGAAACUUGACAAUUAAUCGCAGUAGUGGUAUGAACAGAUACAAAAGUAAUGGUGAUAGAGGUAAAGAAAACCAUACAACACUGAAGAAGCAAAGAGUCAACAAGGCCACGUCUAUUGAAUCACUAAGUCGAAAGAGUGGGACCAAUCAGGGACAGUAUAUCAGAGACAGAACACCAACAGAAAAAAAGUACUCAGCUUUGAACCAAUCCACAUCUGUAGAAUCUCUAAACCAAAAACAAAACAGAAACAGGAGUGUGAAUUCCAAGAAACAUUCAGCACUGAACUCCUCAGCAGUAGAGCUUAACAGCAGUAAGAGUUACAGAACUGUAACCACAAAAGGAAAUGAAGGAAAUUCAAAGAAAAGUUCAGCAAAAGUGUCUCGGUCAGCUUCCAUGCCAAAAGACUCAAGACUCACUGCAGGCUGGUUUAAGUUACGCAACAAGAAGCAAGGAAUGUAGCUCAAUUUUUCACAUUCUUUUGUAAAAAUGUUCAAUACAGUAAGUUUGUUUCAUCACACCUGGGUUACAAACUCCAGAGCCAAAAUGGUAGCUCAGUGGCCUGGUUGUCAGUAUACGGAGACAAUAACGAAAUAAAUUUUUUGAUCCUCAGUAAAGCCACUUGAAGUAGAAUAUAAGAACUAACCUAGAGAUUCUAAUCCUGAAAUGUUUAUGGUAGUUUACUAUUCAUUGGUGCACUUGGUACAUGAAUUUUAACAUGCGGAAUUUCUUACGCCAUAGCAAUCACAAUGUUUCUAUUCCAAGUAUCACCAUACCUUAUGCUCUUGUGCAUAUGAUGGUCAUGUUAGAUACAUAUAGGAUAUUUCCCCUUGAAAGGGCAAAAGACACAUGCUCUGGAAACUUAAAUGUAGGCUGCAGGUUUUAACAAUAAUUCAAAUUAACAAUGCAACAAGUGUAAUAUUUAAUUACUAAGAUAAAUUACUGUAUCACAAACAGAAAUCUCUACACCUACAAUGGUAUAGUUUGAGAUGGAAACACUCUCAAUGCCGUAGACAGCACAAAGAGUGGGAUAUUAUAUAACCAAAUCUUCCUGGAGAUAAAGGCCCAAACUAAUCGUUACUACUUAAUUUAGUCUUAACAUCAGGCCAAUUGCAUUAGUAGAAUAAAUCUAACAAAAUCUACAUUAAAAGCUUGGUAAGGCAUAUAAGUGUGAACCAUAUGUUUAAUUUAGUAUUUGUAAAGGCAUAUAGAUUUUGUCACAUCUAGAGUCAAACAUGGCAUUAUUACUUUAUGGAAUAGAAGUCAGCCAUAAUACAACCAAAGUCUUGAUGUCAGAAAUUACAUCACAAAGUAACCUUGUAAACCAGUUUAAAAUUUCUAAUGAAAUUUUAGAAAACGAAAUAUUAUGAAUAAUAUAUCCUGUACACGCAAAUCAGAACUUACCACAUCACGGUAUAUCAGUAUGCAUUUUAACUAAACUAAUUAUAUGGUGAGGGAAUAUGUGAGAAAGAUCAUCCAGUGCAGUUGUGGAAUACAUUCUACAAUUUCUUCUCACCAGUCUAUGGUAAAAAUGUAAUGAAUGGUUUGUCCAUGGGCACAACACCAUUAGAUGGUGCAUAUGGUAAUAUUAGGGUAUUUUAAAGACAAUAUAUAUCAGGCAGAUUGAAGGGUAAAAGCAUCAUCUUACCAUGAAGUGCAAUGUUGUCUGAUAAUGUAGUGACAUAAGGAAUAUCUCCUACAAAUUAUUAGAAAUCACAGCAUAGUAUCUCUCUUUGAGUUUAACAUAUUGAUGCAAUCAGCUGAGAAACCUAUAAAUAGCAGGUUUCUAAAACAAUAUUUUAUUAGAGCCACCUGAAUUGUGAAAUACAUUAACAAUGAUCAUAACUACAUUUGAACAUGUUAGAUUAAUUAUGAAAACUAUUAACAGAUAUGCAGUAUGUUGACUUCAAGAUUCAAGUAUGUGUGCAACACAAAACACAAGGUACAACAUUCACAGAGUAAUGGUAACCAAGUUCCAUCUGAUAUUCAUAAACAGAAGUUACCACAAAAGGACACGAAAUGAAGCAAGAAUCAAUGACAUGAUGUGUAUAUAACUGUAGAAAAUUAUAUUUUUAUAAAUUAAUUAUUGAGUCAUGUGAACAUAAAUAAACCACAUGUAAAUUGAGUCCUGAAGUAUGGUGUUGAGUUGUAACAUACCACAAAUGUUAAUUCAUUAAUUAUGUAUUUUAAUUGUUAUGUUUAAAUGUGCUGAGUUCUUGUAGUGUGAAACAUUUGUGAUUUUAUAUUUCCUUUAUUUCUUCCUUUUUUUAACUACCUUCAAGCUUUUUAUGCAAAUUUCAAAAUGAAUGUAAAUCAAAAGGAAUAAAGAUUCCAACAAAGUUUA